AUGUGCCAAAUAAGUGGCGUCAAGAAGCUCACGCACAGCUCCAGCCUGACCAACUCUACGAUACCUCGUUUCGGAGUCAAGACUGACCAGGAGGAGCCUCUUGGGAAGGAAUUGGAUAAUCUAAACAAGUGGGGCCUUAAUAUCUUCAGAGUAGCGGAAUAUUCCAAUAACCGUCCGCUGAGCUGUAUAAUGUACACCAUAUUCCAGGAGAGAGAGCUUUGUAAGACCUUCAAGAUUCCCGUGGACACGUUAAUCACUUACUUGAUGACCCUAGAAGACCAUUACCAUGCGGAUGUGGCCUACCACAACAGCUUGCAUGCCGCCGAUGUCACACAGUCCACACAUGUCCUCCUCUCCACGCCGGCAUUAGAUGCCGUGUUUACAGAUCUGGAGAUCCUAGCAGCAUUGUUUGCAGCUGCCAUCCAUGAUGUGGACCAUCCCGGAGUUUCCAAUCAGUUUCUUAUUAAUACAAAUUCAGAACUGGCGCUAAUGUACAACGAUGAGUCCGUGUUGGAGAAUCAUCACCUGGCUGUGGGGUUCAAGCUACUUCAAGAGGAGAACUGCGACAUCUUCCAAAACCUGACCAAACGCCAGCGGCAAACGAUGAGGAAGAUGGUGAUAGAUAUGGUUCUAGCCACUGACAUGUCCAAACACAUGAGCCUGUUGGCUGACCUAAAGACCAUGGUGGAGACCAAAAAGGUGACCAGUUCUGGUGUCUUGUUGCUGGAUAACUACACAGACAGGAUACAGGUUCUUCGCAACAUGGUGCACUGUGCGGAUCUCAGCAACCCAACCAAACCACUGGAGUUGUACCGUCAAUGGACUGACCGCAUCUUGGAGGAGUUCUUCAGACAGGGAGACAAGGAGAGGGAGAGAGGGAUGGAGAUAAGCCCUAUGUGUGACAAGCACACUGCCUCUGUUGAGAAAUCACAGGUUGGCUUUAUUGAUUACAUUGUCCAUCCGUUGUGGGAGACCUGGGCGGAUCUAGUUCACCCUGAUGCUCAGGAAAUCCUGGACACCUUGGAGGACAACCGGGAUUGGUACCAAGGCAUGAUCCCUCAAAGCCCGUCUCCGCCACCAGAUGAUCCAGACAAAGACGAGGAGACCGGUAUGGAAAAGUUUCAGUUUGAAUUGACACUGGAGGAAGAAACUGAGGAAUCUGACAAGGACCGGAACAGCGGCAUCGAGGAAGAGGAGGGCUGUGCGCUCCAAACACCCGAGAUCCAAGAACCUGAGCUGGACAUUGAAGAAGACCCCACAACACAGGAAGAGCCACCAGUACAGACUGACGAUCAAUCAAAUGACACAUCUUCUGCGGAAUCCUGA